AUGGGUUUUGGAACUACUGAUGGCCUUUGCAACACAGGCCUUGGUCUAGGGCUUGGCAACUACCAUACGAAGCAAGAGGAUUGUUCUCAAUCAGAUCAUCUUUUUCAACCAAAGAAGAAGAAACUAUCUUUGAAAUAUGAUCACUCGCUCCCAUCUCUAACGUUAGGUCCUUCACAAGAGGUGUACCAAUCGGCUACGAAAAUAAGCGAUGCAGAUUUGCAGCCACAGGCCUCUUCUCUUAGUGCAGUAUCAUCAUUUUCUAACUCGAGUAUUAAGAAGGAGAGAGAAUUUGGUUUUGGUGAAGAAGUAGAGGUAGAGAGAGUCUCUUCAAGGGUUAGUGAUGAAGAUGAAGAAGGUAGUCCCAGGAAGAAACUUAGACUUACCAAAGAACAAUCAGCCAUUUUAGAAGACAGCUUCAAAGAUCACAGCACUCUGAAUCCUAAGCAAAAGCAAGCCUUAGCAGAACGGCUCAAUCUAAGGCCACGACAAGUGGAAGUAUGGUUCCAGAACAGAAGAGCCAGGACUAAGCUGAAACAAACUGAAGUAGAUUGUGAAUUACUGAAGAAAUGUUGUGAAACACUUACAUUAGAGAACAAGAGGCUGCAAAAAGAGCUACAAGAGCUUAAAUCAUUGAAACUUGCUUCACCUGUAUAUAUGCAGCUGCCUGCAGCUACCCUCAAUAUGUGCCCUUCUUGUGAGAGGAUUUGCAGUGGAUCAAGUGAAGGCUCUUCUACUAGCACUUUCAUAGUUGGACCGAAGCCUAAUUUCUACAAUCCUUAUACCCCCUCAUCCGCAGCUUGCUAG